AUGAUCAACCCCGUCGCUACCGUUGAAAAGUACCCACUGCCUCCGAUUGAAGAUCUCUGGUCGGCAUUGGUUCCCCCGUACCACCCUGCUUCAAAUGGUGCAGCUGAGCGGGUGGUGCAAACUAUUAAGGUCAAGCUUAAGAAGAGCCAGGCUCGGAAUUUCCGUACGCAAGUUGCCCACAUGCUUUUCCAAUACCGGAAUACACCCCAUGAUGUCACCGGCCGUGCCCCCUGUGAGCUCCUGCUAGGACGGAUGGUGAAGACACCGUUCGACAUUUUGCAUCCAGACCUCCGGUCCACGGCGCUGCUCAAGCAGCUGAAGCAGAAUCUGGCUGCUGACAAAGGGUGCCGUCCUGGAUUGUUGCCCGAGCCUGGAGUGCCAAUAUUCGCCAGGAAUUUCCGUUCUGGCCCACCUUGGUCUGCUGGACAAGGGUUCUUGCCUGCAAGCUCCUCCUCUCUGCUCGUACGUAUGCAGGAUGGAACCACAUGGCACCGGCAUGCUGACCAUGUGAGGGCUAACCGCGGGACCCGGCUUGCAUCCACAGCAGCACCAGCUGCAGCCAGUGAGACGACAACCACUACGCAAGGGACAGGCGCCUCCAGUUGUGCGCCACUAGUUGGGCCACCGCCAAGUUCACUGCCAUUUCUGUCAACCACGGCAGAGCCUCAGGAUGAAUCAAGCACGGCUCAGGCAGCACCUGGUGCUGCCGCACCUAGUCCCUCAACACCU